AUGGUGGAAACCAUUGUACAAGCGCUUUAUUUGGAAGGUUAUUCGUGCCCAAUCAACUUGAGAUGAAUCAGUUUUAAAAAAAGAUUUCAGUUUCCUGGGAAUAUACUAUGUUCGAGACUUUUAAUAUAUUUGUGGCAGCUCUGGGAAUAGUUCUCAGCAGGAAAUCAAAAGAUUUCGUUGUCACACAUGCUCGCUUUCUGAUGAUUUUAUGUACUCCGCUGUGGAUACUCAGGUCAAUUUUUUUAAAUCUUUUUCAAUCAGGUUUUCAGAGCUAUCAAAGCUUUCCGUGGAGUCCCCGAGUACGAAGAUGUACUGGAAGAGAGCUCUGUCGACUUAUUAUUGUCAGUAUAAACCUUUUUUGAAAGCAAACAUGUCAAAAAAUUUCAGCACUAAUGUUGUGGACCCGCUCACGCAGAUUGAAGUGACUUUGCACUACUGUUUUUUGAUGUUUCAUGCGAUAUCGCUAGUAAUUCUAGAGUUUUUUCUUAUGAGGGCCGUACGAGAGAGAAGGAUACUCAGAACUUGGUAGGUUUGAUCCAAUUUUUAAACUGAGAAUGCUGAUUAGAAAAAAUCCAUUCAUUGUUAUCAAUUUGGUCGAUUCUUUGAGGAGCCAUUAUUUGACAGCACUUCUGUUGAGCUUAUCAUCGGGCACCAUUUAUUCUAAUUUCAACAAAAUGUUUUGGGGAGUGCCGGCAUACGUGUAUGCUGCGGCUUUGAACACUUUCUGCCUUUGCAUCUUCCUUGGCGUUUUCCUGGUUUUUUUUUGUUGAAGCUGUGGAAGUCAAAAAUACGCAUAGAUGACGUUCACUCUACGAAAGGAAGAAAUUACCUGCGCUGAAAAUUCGGAAUCGUGUAUCGUCAACGCCAAAUAUCGUGUGUUCUGCUCAAUCCUUCCUAUUCUGAUCUCUUCCAUAGGACCAGCUUUCUUGUCAGGUGCUUUCAUAAAGAGCUGUAAUAGUCAGUCUGUGUUCUAUUCAUACAACAUUUUUAAUCAAAGAAACUUCAGCGAGCUUGCUGCUGAAUGUCUUUGCUCCGACAGUUCCAGAAGCAGCUCCUGGAUUGGCAGAAAACAGAAAAGUCCUCUACGAGCACAUGCACCUUUGGACCGGCUUCACCAUCCAUCCCUAUUUUGCCUUUUUCGCCCUUUACAUCAUGCACCCGACUUUCCGCUCUGCCUUUUUGCCUUGUUUCGAAAGAAGCAAGGGGACAAGAAUGCUCUGUCUGAACUAAUAAAGAUUGCGAAAUUCGUUGAACGGGACAAAAAUGUGAAAAUAACAUCUAGACCAAGGGACGCGCCGUAGCGCCACAGGUUGUGUUCCUGUCUGCGGUCCACAGGGUCACAAGUUCGACCCUCGACCCAUCCAACGGGUUUAAGAAAUGUUGGUAGUCGAAAAUCACGCUUCAAUAAUCCCCAGCCAUCACACUUCAAUCUAAUUCACAGUUCUUCCUCAAAUUUCUUAAACUAUAUUUGAACAAGCAUGUUUAAGACUGUGCGAAACGGCCGGUCAUUAUCGCACUGUCGUUACCGUAGUCAAGGGUGGUUUCCUUCUCCGCAGCUUGCUUAGAGCCUAUAGUCUCUCGACUCGCAAAAAUUAGUAAAGUCUUGAUAUCAAUUAUAAGUACAGGAGUUUCUAUUUUGUUCCAAAAACGUUUCUAAACAACCGACGGGCGGUCUUGAACAGGAACCCGAAGUUGAACCAAAAGUUGUUCUGAAACAGCAGUUUUUCAAAACAAUUUUUUCACAUUUCGAAGCGAGUUUCGUUUUGUCCAAUGAACACGCCAUAGUGAAAAAAUGCCAUUUCGAAAAUCUGAGGCAGUUUUGGCGCGCCCGCAGGAAAGCGUCUCUGUGUUUCUCACCAAAGGCGUCUCAUCACACGAUUUAUUAGUUUUUUUUUUGAAUUUUAAAAUGCAAAGUUUUUCUUAUAUCUUUUUUAUCUGUGUUCAUCGAGUCUUUCAUGAAGUUUUUUUGUGAGGCGGCAGAAUUCAGGGGUUUUUUUUUAAAAAUGUUUCUCAGCAAACUUGGUUGGGGUUCAAUAAUACUUUUCGAACGAAACUUUCUUCAAUUAGUUCUUAAAACCGUCUUUUUUCAAACUAUAUUACUAAAAGGAAUGAAUAAAUAAUUUUUUUUUCAGAUUGACAUGAUUGACUCGGAAGGGUUACUCAGGAAAAAGAUUUUAGAGCGAGAUCAGGCUUUGAAAAAUAUCGGUAAAGAGACUUUUUUUAAUACAAAAAAAUUGGCAGUUUUAGGUUCUGCCGAGUCAAGUUUUUUUCUGGGAAACGUCGAGCUGAAACUCAAAUGCGUACAUCCUACUCUUGAUUUCUUUUUCAAUAAGAAGGUACUCCUACUGUAUUUUAAUAACACUGUUUUUUUAUAGAUUAUUUUAAUAAUUUUUUUAAAGUUGUUUAUUCAUUUCAGAGUAAAUUUUCCAUCAGAUUUGUGGUCGCACAGAUGCACCAUCUUGGAAGCUUCGAACGCGAUUUCGAAAUUGCGAUGCUACAGUUAGAAUCGAUUACCGUUAGUUUUCUAUACUUCAAUUUUUCGCUUUUGUAACAGUAAUUUUUAGCUGAAAAAAGGUACGUAUCCUACUGAUCCUCCGGCGAUUGUUUGCCAUCUACUCGAUGGCUGUGCUCAGAAAGUCUUGGCGGUUAGUCUCGCAUCUCAUGAACUUACUAGAUGGGUUUUCAGAAUUUGGGGGAUGUGGAGCGGACUUUGAAAAACCGUGUAGGUGAUCGUCCAGUGCAGGCCGACCAUGCAAUGAGGUUCUUGUCAGUUCCGCGAAUUUUUAUUUUUCUCAUUUUCCAGACAGCUGAUUUUCAUACUUGAACCAUUUCAAGAUGUCGUAUCUUCCGCUGGAGACACUAGAAUCUUCGAAAAUCUUCAGACGUUUAUGAAAGUGACGCGAAAUGAAGAAAUCUUGGAAACUCGCAAUUUUGAAGGGUGUUGCUCGCUUAUCUGUAACGAGGUUAGAGCUCUUUUUAACUAUUUUUAAUGAUACUAAGAAUUUUUUCGAAAAUUUAAAAAAUUAAACUGAGCCGAAGAAGAAAUGAGAUACUCAUCAAGAACUAAAAACUACGGAGAGUUCAGAAAGUUCUGUAAAUUUUUUUCCCCUUUUUUCGUGACCGUAGUCUUCGAGUAAUAGAUAGCAGAAAAAAGGAGCUUUCUGCUUUUAUUAAGCGCAGACUUGUUCUGCGCCAUUUGGGAUAAGGCUGAGUUGGAAAGAAAGGGCGUCUCGUUUUUUUACUUACUGACAGGUAAGUGAAUGUCAUUAUUUUCUUUUCUUUGUUUUUUCUAUCUUGUUCUGCUUUGAAGUAAUGCAAAUACAAAAUAUUUAUAAUUAGGGCCGUUUUUUAACUAUCUGCUCUAUUCUCGAGGAAAGCACACACUAUUUCUGAAGUGGUUUAUAAUUAUGCUUUUCUCAUCUGCUCAGUUUAUAUAAAAGUGACAUGGUUUUUCAGGUGCAAAUUGUUCUUAAAAAUAAAAAUUCACAUGAGUUUCUUAUAGAUACUUGACGAAUGGAUGAAAGAUAUGCAGUCGCGUUCGCAACUUCAGCGUGCAAGUAGCUUCACGAAUCGUACAUCCAAUUUCUUCGGUAAAUCUGAGUUCCAAGAAAACUUCAUCUUUUUAUACUUGUUCGAGAUAAUAACCAGUUUGUUCCAGAAAUAAUUCCGGAAGCGGAUUGGGCUUUUUAUACUUUCGAUUUGGGACUAAAAUUGGUGCGCGAGGAUAAGCUUUUCAAAUACUACCACUUUGACGUCAGCAACAUGGUCAAGACAUUGCGGCCUACGCCUUCUAAGCAAGGUUUUAUCUUUCGAAAAUAAGAUUUUUGAACUGGAGAUUGUGACCUUCGAAAUUGUAAUUUUAAAAAAAUCAUUCUAUUUUUAUUGAAUGGUUUGAAACUCUCUCGGAACUUUUGUCGAAUCUCUUCCAACCAUUGAGAAGAAGUCUUCAGGCCCAAUUUUCCCAAUGCGCCAUCGGUUCAUACAGAAAACAGAGGAACCGCCUCCAAUAGCUCCCCCUCAAAAUGGCAAUUCCGUUCGAAGGGCCCUCGAUGCAGUAUCACUAGAGUUUGUUCUUUUCUUCAUUUUUUGAUUUCAUCGAAUAAGAAAUGCUCUGUAAAUAAAUAUCGUUCAGGAACAAGGAAGAGGAUGUUCCCGCGCAACCUUCAAAUUCUGCCACAGAGGAGGUAUGACUUCCAAAAAAAUUUUGACACUCGGAAAAAACAUUGAAAACUCUUUCUAGCCUGAAAAUACUCACGAAAUGCAACUUACCUGUUCAACUACAUAAUAAAAAUUUCUGGUUUAUUCUGGUUCUUUUUAAAUUUGAUAAUAGCAUUUUUUUAUAUUCAUCAAAAAUUAAAUUCGAUUAUUUUUUUUUCUGAAAGUUUACUUGUACCAAGGGCCUCAUGGUUACUUAAAAUUGAGCGAUUUCUACGAAUAAAGUAAAUUCUUGCUAGUGAUAAAGAAAGAAGUCGCAGGAAAAAAAGUUUCGCCCUUAUCCACUACGGCUUUACAGACGCCGCCACCAAAGAAACCUCGUCUUUCUGCAACAUUCGUCCGGAAAUCGGUCUCGAAAAGAAAAAAGCCUGAGCUUAUAUCCCUCAGCGAUGACGAAACGAAUCAAAACCCUCCAGAGGUAUGGUUUCCUUUCCACCGAAAUAGAAAAGAAGACUUUCAGAACGAAGAAAUGGAAGAAAGCACUCGACGAGGUCCAGCGGAAACGGAAGGCAAGGAAAAAAUUGGACAAAAGGGCGGCAGAAUAUGAAAAAGAAGACGAUGUUUCUGAAGAUGAAACCCUGCUCGUGUUCCCCCCUCUGCAGUGUCGAGACAAAGUCACCAGUCAGUGGAAUCGUCUCUUUUCAAAACGUAUCCUCCGACUUCAGUCUACAUGAGCAAUCUGAGGGCCUUGGCCGAGGGAGAACUUCUCAACGACGCCGUCAUCGAAUUCUAUCUUCUUUACAUCAAGUACUACCUGAUGGACGAGGCGUUGUCAGUGUUCUUCUCAUGUUUUCCGAGGCAAUUUGCCCCUUUUCAGACGAAAUCGUGUGCACUUUUUCAACUCUUUUCUAAUUUCCACGUUGGCCACUGGGAUACCGCCGUUAUCCCUCUCUGUUUCUUCGAAUCCUACGACACUCGCUCGGAAGAAGGUUUUCCGAUCGGGAGUGUAUCAAAAAACGAGUAAUUCAGCUUCAUGUGAUGCCCAACUACGAAAGAGUCAAAAACUGGACGAAAAAGGUCGAUAUUUUCAGCAAGGAUUACUUGGUCAUUCCCAUCAACGACGAAUGUCACUGGUUUCAAGCGGAAAUUCAAAAAUAAAAACCAAAACGAUAAUAUUUGAAGGCUUGUCAUAAUCGUUGUGAAUCCAGGAGGAUGUUUGGUUCCAGUGAAUGACAAACCCAAAUCAGGAGAAAUCGGCACCUACAUUGUUUACUUUGACAGUUUGCCAGACUUUUGCGGACGAAGGAUGUGAGUUUUUUCAUAAUGUCAGCUCCUCAAAUGGGAAUAUACACGAAAUUUAGGAAAAAAAAAAUCUUUUAAUAAAAUCAUAACCCUGACCAGUCGUGUUGUUUACCCUCUUUGUUUCCAAAUGGGUUUUUUUCGAUUUUUUUGCGCUUGAGUCAAUUUAAAUAAGAUAUAGAAAUCGAAUCAACGAAAAGAAGUUUAACGCUUUUUUCUUCCUCUCUGUUGAUCCUGUGGUCAACAAAGAUAGAGAUUGGGAAAAAUCAAAACUUUGAAAGCUUGUUUUUCGAUCGGUCGUGAACUCAAAUUCAGGUAGAAUUAAAAGAACAUAAGGUUUAUGAACGUUUUUAUAUAACUUCGACUCUGUAUAAUUACUCUCAAUUUUUUUUUCAGGCGCCAUUUGAAGACAUUCGUCGAGUUUUACCUGGAGUUUGAAUUUGAAAACAAGAAAAAAAGCGGGCGAUUCGCUUCGGAAGUUGCUUUGCGCUUCGCUCCAGAAAGGAUUUUCACUUUCCGGCCUCGCAACGUCCCACUGCAGAAGAAUUUCAUUGACUGUGGAGUCUACGCUCUUUACUUCGUAGAGUUGUUCUUCAGAGACAACAAGCUGAUUCCUUUCGAGGUAAAAGUCUAGAAAAGAAAGGAAGAUUGAUUCGUGGACGCAGGAGUUGAACCAUUUCGACUGGGAGGAGAAGUUCGUUGCCGCGCGCGACCUCCAGAGGUUCAUGCGGGACAAGGUUUUCCUCAAGAUGAUGGGCUUCACUUCUUGCAAAGUGAGUUCCAGCCCUAUUUCAUGAUUCUUGUUCCAUUCUUCUCAGGGUCGGAGUCGUUUGGAGAGGUUUGAAAAAGCACAGGGCGGCGGUCCGACUCUCGAAGGUAACAUUAAUUUAAUUUAUCACCUGUAAACAAUUAUGAGUUCACCUGGAGCCUUUUUUUGACAGUUUCCAAUAUCUUUCGAGCUUUUUUAAAAAAAAAUUUAAACUGAGUUUUUUUCGGUUUCUACAAAAAUUUUGUUGGGCGGUUCUUCUUUUAGGCUUUCUUUUCCUGCGCCCUGUAAAACUCACUUAUAUACUCGCAAAGGCCAAAAAACACCUAAAUUUAUUAAAUUGGAAAGUAAUCGUUAAACUACAUUUGUAGCCUCUACGGCGAAAACUAUUUUGAGUAUAAAACAGUGAGAAGAGUAUGGAGAGCUGAAAAAAGAUCCCAAUGCUAGAGAGAAGGAUCUGUAAAAAACGCUACUGUGAAACCUUUUAUAACGAUCCAAAAGAGGUGACUUCGUUUUUUUGGUCUUCAAGCCUUUGAGGCAGUUUCGUGUUGCUGAUAAAAAGAUUCUUGUCCUCACACAGGCACAUUCGUAAGGGCCCUUCACGGGCCUUUUGAGCGGGGGGCAACGGUUUUCUUUUUACUGCCUUUUUCGGUCCUUUCACCGGCCUUCAUUCAGCAAUUUUGACCCCUUUGAGAAACAGAACAUUUUUAAAUUGAGAAUAAUCUUCACCAGUGACUGUGUAUGAACUUAAAUGUGCUACAGUAAUACAAUCGGGAAACAUCAAUAGCCGAGACUUACAGCACCCUUUUGCACCCUCACUACUUCUUCACUUUUUUUUUGCGGGUUCUGCCUUUGGUCACCCUUUUUUGAGGCUUUUUAGCCUUAAAAGAAUGAAAGGCUCAAUAAAGGUCUCGUCACUCCCUUUUCGCACCCGUUUUCCGCACUUCCCGACUUUGGCUGUUUUGGGCUGAGAAAGAAGUUCAAUUUCAGGCAAUCGUAAGCACCGUCGUCACAGUGUCGGCUCCGGUGACGGUCCUGAUAAAUCUCUGCGACUGAGACGAUCUUACUCGGUCUCCGGAUUCGAAAUCUUCGAAGAUUUCAAUCCCGCCGAGUUUGCCGGCUGGGCCAUUACUAAAAAGGCUCGCGAACUCGGUGAUACUAUUGUUCAUUUCCACUUUUGA